AUGGCAUUUUCCUAUCUAGAAGGCGGUAAAACCUUAGAGGGAGUGUCAGCAAUACCAUCUCUAGACAUGAUCCAUCAUGGAUCUUACUUUUCAUACUUGUCGGAAUCAUCCUAUUCCGCUUGCUCCUCCAUGGACGAUCACGGCCAGCAGCACCAGUACCAACACCAGCAACUAAUCAUGCGAAGAUUAGGCCUCUCUUCAGAAGACUUUGCUCAACGUCUAUUGGCAUCUCGAAACGACCAUCCGUAUAACAUGGCUACAUUGGACGCUUCUCGCAACCAGAUAUCAAUCAUACAUCCCUCCCUCUUAUCAUGCUUUACUCAUCUCACGCAACUGAAUCUGUGCUGCAAUCAUCUAUCCGCCAUACCAGAAGCCAUUCUUUGCCUGGAUCAAUUGCAGCAGCUGUAUCUAUCGGAAAACCAAAUCGAAGCCAUGCCUGAAGCCAUGCCACUCUGUCUGACGGAGCUGACGGUAUUGAAUUUAGACAGCAAUCGCAUGAACGUACUUCCAGAAAGCAUAGGGCAUUGGAAAAAGCUACGCGAGUUUCGCCUAGGCUCGGAAUAUGGAGGCAAUAUGAUAGAGGUGCUGCCAGUGUCCGUGUCUGACAUGCAAGCCUUGGUGGAACUGGAUCUUUCCUUUAAUGAUUUACAACAUGUUGGCACAUUGCAAGGAUUACAAAACCUCAAAUAUCUGAAUCUCAGUCAUAACCGCAUAAAAUAUCUGCCCAUUUUGACUGAUGAUUGCUUUCAAUUGAACACGCUGGAUGUAUCAGACAACCUCAUACGGACGAUUCCACAUAGCACGGCCAGCAGCGUCUUGCGUUUGAUGCGACAUGGUCGAUUGCAAGUACUCAAUCUGAGCAACAACAGAUUAGAGCUUGUGCCAACAGAGAUGCUGGAUCAAACACAGACUCAAGUCAUCAUACAAGGAAAUCCAUUCACCUUAUCAUCGCUUCAGCACCAAAAUGUGAUACAAGAUGACAAUGAGGAAGAGGAGGAAGAUCCUACAGUAAUAUGGCAAAAUGAGACAUACACUACUGUAAGGGAUUUGAUACAAACUGCUAUACCUAUGAUGGACUAUCACUUGUAUCAGAAUGACCAACAAGAACCCCCUUCGAUGGAAGAAAGCUCUGCAACACAUCAUGACCCUACAGAGCAAGACAUCAGCAUCCACCAGAAUCAAGGCCAGCCAAUCUACUUGGUGCACUCUCUGCGUGAAAUUGCAUUGAGAUUGCUUGUUUUGGAAGGCGAUCAAUUGCUGCUCUCAGAUGUGCCAGAACAUUUAGCAGAAGAUAUCCGAGAAAACUUACAUCUGUGUCCACACUGUCGCUCUCCUUUUAUACACGAAUGGGUCAGUACAGCUCAACUACGCACAUAUCAAUCGCAUCGAUCUGUGCCGAGGCAAGUGCGCUUUUGCGGUACAGCAUGCUGGUUAGCUUACAAGGACAUGUUGCAGCAACAGGCAUUGGCAACACAGAGUGAGGUGCACAUCACACAGCAACGACACAAUGCACUCACUUACAUAGCACAAAAUGGACAUGUAUUGGAGCCUGGUUCUUUUGAAUGGGUCAUGGCUGCAAGUUUAGCAGCAGCCGCCCAAGAAGAACAAGCUGAUUUAUUAGCAAAUGCAAUGAUGAUGAUGUGA